UGGUUACGAGUCCAGUCUUUGAGAAGUGUAAUCAGCGCACUAGAAUCCACUAGAUCCCCGGAUGACUGGUGGAAUAGAACAACCCACGGUGUUCAGGGAUCAAGAGCCUAGCCAUCCUGCUACAAUAAGUUGAGAACUAUGAAAGAACAGUCGUAGAAAAACAUUUUGUAUUAUAUGUUCGAUGUUUUUCAACAGCUUAACCAUGUAAGAUAGGGCAUUCGAUCAGCUACGGACCAGCGAAAACCCAUGGCAAGCAACUUGAAAUUUGGCUCGUAAAGCGCACUAUGGCUGCUUGGCCAAGUUUGCACAUGGAGGAGAGGAACCUGCUGCGGCAGCGUGAGUGGGAGCGCAGGAACCAGGAGGCCCAGCAGCAGCAGGAGCAGUACCAAGAGAACGCACCCCUCUUCGGGGAGCCCUAUAAGACGGACAAAGGAGAUGAGCUCUCCAGUCGCAUCCAACGAAUGCUGGGCAAUUAUGAAGACAUGAAAGACUUGCACAAGAACUUUGGCAGCAUGCCCAAAGACCUCUCUGCCUCGGUACCCUUCGGCAGGCCUGGUCGGCCCAUCCACUUGGACGUCCCCAAGCCCCCAUUCCAGAACGCCCCACUCCCCUACGGAGGCAACCAAGUUGUCCCAGCCACCCAGCUGUCGAAGAAGUCUCCCGCUCCGGAUCACACCUUGCUGUCUUCCGCCUACUCGCACCCCUCUCUCAGUCUCGAUAAGGGGAGUCCAGAGCCCAUGGAUAGAAAGAGUGAACCGUGGCCUGAAAUGGCCAGCCUCCCCCCAGCCCUCUCUCCCCCGUCCGACCCUCUGUCCCCCUUACAUUCCAGCGACCCCAGUGACACCGAGCAGCACGAUAUGGACGGUAAGGACAGCCCCGGGCCUCGGCAGCCCCUGCAGGCCUCCUCCUCUGGGCCCUCUAGUUUGGUGGACACGUCCCAAGCGGAGGCCCAGAUGGAGGGCGCCCCCUUGGCCUGCGAGACGGCCCCUCUACCCUCCCAGACCUUCCCCCUGCCCCUUUCCUCCAAGCCCAGCCUCGUCAUGCCCCAGAAGCCCUGGGCCUACGUCCGGCCCAUGGACGGCCAGGACCAGGUCUCCAGCGAGUCCCCCGAACUCAAACCCUCACCGGACUUUGAUCGGCAGCCUUACGAGAGCUUACCGGACCUGAAGAGCAUCUCUAAGCCUGGCCUCACCCAACUGAAGUUACCCCCACCAGCCCUCGAGGCGCUGUCCAGUGAUGCCCAGUGCGUGGAGGAGAUCUUGAGGGAAAUGACCCACACCUGGCCUCCACUCCUCACAGCCAUCCACACGCCCAGCACUGCCGACCCUCCCAAGUUCAACUUCCCCAACAAGGAGUCCCAGCAUGGACACUCUGGAUACUCGGUCCAAAAGCAUGAGGCCUGGCGUGGCUCCUCUUCUCCUCCUCCGCCACCACCUGCGCUGUCCUGUCAGCCUGAGCCCCCAGUGGCGCCAGCGCGCUCCAGUGAGGGGGAGACUGCAAGCUCCAGCGAAUCAGAGAGCAGCUCUGGCUCCGAGUCCGAUAGUGAGAGCAGCGAGAGUGGAGGGGAGGAGCUGGAGGAAGCCCCACCUCCUCAUAUAGCCAGCCCCCCUCCUCCAGCCAAGGCUGAUGGCCCUGCGGUGAAUGAGUGGCAGCUGGGUCGCUGGCUGGAGCUGAAGGAUCCGCAGCCCAGCCUGAGCGUGGAGACGCAAGGGGAUGCGUUGCACUGUUCUCCUUCCAGUCCUGCCUCCAGCCCCAAACCGCGGGAGGAGACCAGCACGCCCCAGCACUACAACUCCCAUAGUUCACCUGCGCGGCCAGAGUCUGCCAGCCCAGCACACUACAGCUACAACUCGCACAUCUCCCCCGUGCAGCCAGAGACCACAACACCAACGCACUAUAAUUACAACUCCCACAGUUCACCUGUGCGGACUGAGCCUAGCACACCGCCCCACUACAACUACAAUUCAGAGACUACCACACCAGCUCAUUACAACUUCAGUUCUCAUACGUCCCCCUCACGGCCAGAGGUCAAAGACCCUGAGUCAAAGCCAUCUGGUCCAAGCCAGCACGUUAGGUCCCAGUCUCCCUCCCCACCCAGUGAUGUGGACAGUGGGGCCAGGAAGACGGUGGCCAACAAGAAGCCGAGUUCAAGCAGCAAAGCCCCCCGGCCCGAAGACGCCUCGCGUCACGUGGUCAGCAAGGAGUUGACCUCCCAUCAAAAAGAUCCCUCCCUCGCCGACCGGCCCAAAGUGAAGACGAAAGCAGUCCCAGCCAAGGCCCCGACCAAAGUCGGCUCGAAAGCCGACAAGAAGGCUGCCAAGCGCACCGACAAGAAGAAGGCGAAAGAGGCUGCCCCUAAGGUCACUGUGAAGCUGUCCCUGCCCAAGGAGGCAGAGCCGGACUCUCUAGCCCAUGCGCCCCCUCCCCCUCUCCCCUUACCGUCGGUCAAGAGCCGGAGCAGCGGAGGCGGCCGAAGUGACGGCCUGCCGAAGUCCUCAUCGAAGAAGAAGAAACAGCGGGACCGCUCCCCCGCACAGGUCAACAGGCCGGACGACGACGCGCCUGGCAAGACCGCGCCGGAGGCGCCGCGCACCCUGCUGGUCAAGAUCCAGCUCAGCCUACUCACCAGGGUGCCCUCCGCGCCUAAGGCUGCCCGGCCCCCCGCCACGGGGGGCUCCGCUGAGCCGGGACAGAAGAGGGCCGAGAGGGGAGACGCUGCCGCAGACGCUGCACCAGCCAAAGCCAGCAGAAAGAGAUCCGCGGAGAAAGAGGACAAGUCUCAGCCCAGGAAGAAGUUAAAACUGGACAAGGAGCUCAAGAUAUCGUCCUCCCCCAUAGCACCAUCCUGCCCUGGCUCCAGCAAAGCUGAAGCCCCUAAGACUGCGGUGGAAGAGAAGGAGCGCAAGAAGAAGAAGAAGAAGAAAGAGAAGGCCCCGAGCUCCAGCACACUAGCCCCCGCAGCACAGGAGCCGGCCAAGGGUGCCGGACACAAGAGACCCCUGGCCGACGUGUCGGAGUCCAAAGCGACUGGCGAUGGCGAAGUCAAGCACAAGAAGAGCUCCAGCAAGCGCAGUGAGCACACAAAGACUGGCAAGAAGUCACCAAAGAGCAGCUUUGCAGUCCCAGAACCCGCCCAGCCCAAACGGACUCCAGCCUCAAACAGAGUCCUGCUCAAACUGGACGACAGGCAGUAUUCUGUGGAGCAUCACAUGAAGGAAGCCAAAAAACUGAAGCACAAAGCUGAUGCCAUGUCCGAGAAGGUGGGCAAGUCCUUCAUCUACCUGGAAGCUGCCCUGUCCUUUGUGGAGAGUGGUAUUGCCAUGGAGAUGGAUCCCCAGACGCCAAAGUCAGCGUACACCAUGUUCUCUGAGACGGUGGUCCUGAUCAGGUUCAUCUUAAAACUGCGGAGCUACUCCGACCCAGCCAGCCCUGCGUCAGAGAAAGACUUUGCCAUUUUAUGCAUGAGGUUCCAGUCGCUACUGCAGAUGGCCAUGUUCCGCUACAAACGCGAAGCAGCACUUAGGUACUCCAGAACCCUCACUGACCAUUUCAAGAGCUGCAAGACGUCUCCUUCCCCUCGCGUCUCAAAGGCUACCAGUACCCCCUCCCAGAUGUCUCCCAUGGCGUCUCCGGCCAGCUCCAGCAGCUCCAGCCACAGCUCGGCCACGGCGCCGGCCAACACGGUGGCACUGCCACAGGCCAUCCACCAGGUGGCGUCCACCUACGUCAGCAUCACCGCCCUCUUCCUCAGCGCGCACAGUGUCUGGGAGCAGGCCGAGGAGAUGGCCCCCAAAGGCAGCGGGGUGCUAGGGGAGUUGGACUCUGCCAUCGGCCCUUUGACUUUGCUGUCCACCAUGAGCGCAGUGGUGCGCUACACACGGCAGGGCCUCCACUGGCUUCGACAGGACUCCCAACAGACACACUGACCAACCACCCUGCUUACACACACACACACAAACACACACACACACACACGCAACCAUCUCUCCCCAACAACUCCCGCAACUCUAGUGCAUUUUCAGAAUGGCACAGAAAAGCACCAGUUUAGGGGGAUAACUCAAAACUGGAUACUCUGGCACUUUUUUUAGUUCAUUUCAGUCCCAUGGCAGCCCUCCCUCCUGUCGUGUUUUAACCCCUCAGUGGUCCUUCUCUGGCCACCAUAGUCUCCUCAGGAGCGGCGGUGCUGCUGCUGGCCAAAACGUGCUGUGACUGUGACUCGACACGCACAACCCACAUAGCAGCAUCUACACCAAUGCUCUCAGCUUCCAUUCCUCCUUACACACACACACACACACACACACACACACACACACACACACACACACACACAAACAUACAUGUUCUCAAGAACACACCCAGUACUGUUGGUUUUCUGCAUUAAGUGAGUUGGGAGAAUUCAUGGCAGUCUGGCCAUCCAUCAGUUCUCAUCCAAUGCCCUCCAUUUUCGGCGCCGAGACCCCAGACAACAGGUAUUUCAACACUACCCCAGAAACAUUCUGCUCAUCACAAGGAUUGAACCCAUCAGGCCGGACACACAUUCAUGUCCUUUGGGCAACACCAAAUGGGAGAGAAAAAACACCAGAUGGGUGAAGGAAAAAAAAAUAACAGUUGUUAUUUUAGGGACGUCACCUGAAGUACUUAAUUUUUAGUAUGAUUAUUAUUGCUAAGGUAAUGACAUGUUGUUUUUGGCUUUGGAUGAUUUUUUUAUGAAAUUAAUUUAUGCUGCAUAAUUAGACAGCCAACAGACCGCUUGUGUGAGCCUCUAUUCUGCUCACACACAAAAGCUUUCCAGAAAAAGCUGAAUGCCCCACCUCCCUUAUUUCAGUGUUAUUUAGCUAGCCGCAAGAGGUAGGUGUCCGACAGAAAACUGACCCCUAUGGAAUGGAUUGUCCAGUAUUAGGGUACUAUGAAAUGGUAAGCUUGAAUUUCAGAUGUUCAUCAGGCUGAGAGAGAUGGUUGUAGUGGUCAGCUGAUGUCUCUCAAGCCAAAUAGAGGGCUUUGCAGUAGAGGGAAGUCUUUGAAGUCUGUCCUUGUCGCUGCAACACGCUCUGUCUCAAGGGCAUGGACGUAACUGUGGUCAUCAACAAUGGGAUCUUGUGAUCAGCCAAUCAUGGGGAUCAAACCGCACACAGGGGGCAAGAGCACAUGGCGUAAUGUUUCCAGAGAGCAGCUGUGGCAGAUAGCCCAACCACCUCAGCUGUGAUGGGGAGUUGCUGUCAGUGUGGAUUACCAACAUCUGGAGAAGAGGGGUGUCAUGGUGCCUCCACUUGCUCUGAGUGUGUGCACUGCACAUGGCUGGGGCUGGUGAAGAAAGUCAUGUUGUCUGUGCAUUUUUGUUGGAAGUAGGCUGAGCAGCUUUUUUCUUUUAGUUGAUGUCAUUAUGAAAUCUGUGCCUUAUAUUUAAAAUUGGUUACAGAUGCCCCCCCCCCAACCCCAAACAGAGAAACCUUUGAAUGUAUGAAAAGCCUUCCCCCUAAACCAUGAUGUGCAGCAAUUCCUCACCUUUUGGCCAAAGUGAAUUCUGAUAUGGUAGCAGUCUUAGAGCUUGUGGGAACAUCUUGGUGUGUGUGCGUGUGUGUGUGUGUGUGUGCGCAUGAAGGGGCCAUUUUAACCUUUGAACUGGUGCUGGGCGCUCAUGCUUCUUCUGUGCUUCGUUGCGCUUGUUUUGUUUUCUCCAGAGAAGCGAGUCAGCCUUUGUCCCUCUCAUUUGGCUUUUCGCUUCAUCAUGAGUUCAGAGGCAAGUUCACAAAUGCCCCCCCCCCCAAUUCUCCUCAAUAUGAAGACUUUUAAACCAGCAUGAAGUGAGGCAAAGCUGAACACCUGUGAGCAGGCCCCGACAGGAAGCGGUAGCUCUCAAACGCCUACCCUCCCGCCCUCCUGCGUGUGCACGUCUUGUCCGGUUGGACGUCUGCAGUGUCACACGGCCGUUUGACUGUUUGGAUUGUGUGGCCGAGAUUUUUUUUUAUUUUUAAAAUCACUUUUUUUAUCACAUAUUUAUAUCUAGCAACAUCGCUGCUUUAUCGCUGUUUUCUUCUGUAGUUCAAACCACUACCAGAGGUCAGUGCUGGUGUCAAAUCCUGUGACCUUUCGUACCUUAGAUUCGAGUGCCUGCAUUUACAAAGUGGAAUUCAACCAUAUGAGUUUGACUUUACUUUUUAAUCGUACAGCAUGGAGCAUAUCAGUUAUCAGGGUGAAGGGUGCACUAUGGCCGUGCUGGUCAGGAAGGGAGCAAUGUUAAGGGCUGUCUGGACGUCUGGGCUGGUUUGGGUCAGACGCUGGGUCAUGUCAGUCCCAGUGAGGGUGUGAAAGGGUUUGAGUUCAGGUGGACUGUGAUGUAUGAAAGGUAUGUGCUUUAGAUUUAACACGGCAGAUAUUUAUUGAUGGUUUUCCUUUUUGUCGUCAUCAUGACCAAGUACAUGUGUGCAUUAUUUAUUUUCUAUCAUAAUACAUAUUCUUAAGUCUUUAUUCCUCCCCCCCCCCCCUUUCUGCACCUUCCCCAAAUUCUUUCCACACCCCAUCAGGAGGGAACAGGAGCAUUAAUUACAUUCAUCCCCCCCCCACCCUUCCAUUUUGCACUUUUGGAUUUUGAUUUCAAAGUAUUUCUUAGUUGUGUCCAAUGUGUUGUUUUUUGUUUUGUUGUUUUUUUCUCCUUAUCUCCAUUGAGUCAGAGAAUAAACUAGUGCUGGAGUUGUUUACUGCCGUCUGAGAGGCCGCCCCAGUGGCCAGCCAGCAGGAAACAUGGGAGUCGAGCAAUAAUGCUGUUUUAAUGAUGCUCUAGUCGGAUCAUGGAUCGUGUGGACUUGUGAAUGAAAUCAACCUCAACUAGAGGCUGAGGCUCUCGCAGACUCAUAGGCCACUGCUCUUUAUCCGAGCCAACAGGUCUUAUCAUGUCUUCAUUUCAUUUCUUUUCUUUUUUUAUUAAUUAAAAAACUCAUGGAUCUCCAUACUGGAUAAAAAAUGAAUUGGGAGCUCACUGGAGUGGCAGUUUCCAAGGGUAUUUCAAUAAGGGGAUCCCAGGGAAAGGCUACAUGUAGAGUCAUAAAGGACAGAAAAGGUUUAUGUAUUUAUUUCACAUGAGUUCGAAUGAUGGCGUGAAAAAUAUAGUCCAGCAGACAAGAGUUUGUUUUUUUCAUGAUGAAUUCCUCCAAAGAAGGCUGCUUCUUGUAUAUAAGCAUUCGUUUUUUUUUUUUUGUUGUUUUUUUUGAACUUCUCAACUGUUCAGUCAAAUCUGCACAUUCAAAUAUGACUUGUUUUUGAUGGAACACUGUCUUUGUUCAGACUGAGAAUGCUUCCCUCUCAUUUAUCAAAUGUCAUUUAAUGUUCCAGAGGCUGAUUGCCUUGUUUUCAUUUGAACUCUGAAACCCCCAGUGCUUCAGAGGGAAAGCUGAGAAGUGUGUGCAAAGCGAAAUAUAUUCCUUGUUCAUACAUACCUGAUGACAUCCUUAAAGGAUUGGAACCAUUUGCUGAGGAAAUGUUUGGAAAUUAUUUUGUAAUUCAACUUUUUUGCCUUGUGAACAUAUGUAAAUACUCUGAGCUGUAAUAUAUAUGGUUGUAUAAAGACUGUUUGGCAGUUCAAUUCUGUUUUCCCCCCUCCUUUGUUGUUUUCUUUUUACUCUGAAAUAUUUGUUCCUCCCCAAAGCUGUUUUGCUGACUCUUUUGUAGCUUGGCCGCUGUAGCCAUGAGAGCCGGGCUGGGUCAAUGGUACAUUUCUGUUCACAACCGGCUCUGUUUGCUAAGGUGUUUCAGAGGCAAUAAAGUUUGAGGAAAGUGUACAGAAUCUGA